AUGGACGACGGCGGAGCGUCCUACGUCUUUGGCAUCGGCUACGCUGCCCCGUCAGGCAAGUUCAAGGUGGUCCGCCUCACGAGCAUGUACAGUUAUGCUGAUCCACCGGAGUACACCUGCGAUGUUCUCACGCUGGAGGACGGCGCCAGAACAUGGUGGCGGAGGGAGUCACCACCAAUUAAAGACCGUGUCCGCUUUCACAAAAACUCUAUGGUCACCAUAGAUGGUGUGCUCUACUUCCUUUACACUUACAGCUCGGUGCCACCGCAGGUGGGCGGGUACUGUGUCCUCUGCCUUGACCUCGAGACCGAGGAAUGGAAGAGGUCCAUCAAGGCCCCGCUGAGAUCAGAGACCCGUAUGGUCGAGCUCAAUGGCACCCUUUGUAUGGUUCAGCCAGAGGGACGUGGGACCAAACAUGCUUGCACGACCAUAUGGCUGCUGACUGAUUUGGCCGAGGGCACUUGGGUCGAGGCGUAUAUGAUCCCGAUGGCUCGAACCAUUGAUCUAGUGAUACCUUUCAGGGUGAUGCAUCAUGGUGGAAAGCUAAUGUGCUAUUGCUUUCUUAAUGGACCAACUCCGACGCUACAAGUCUAUGAUCCGCUCAAUGGGACAUGCACACACUUGGCGGAUCUUCCAGGUAACCAUUUGGGUGACGUUGCUUUUUGUGACUUGCACUUGGAAUGUUAUAUACGUUCCACCUAA